GGCAGAAGAGUGCAGCCGAGUUUGUUGGUUUGUUGGGUCUCUGGUUUUGAUGUUGAAUAAAAUUAUAGAAAUCUCAGCAUUGAAAUUUGGGGAUAGAUAGAUAGAUAGAUAGAUAAAUAGAUAGCUUUGUGGAUUACAAGGGGCUCUCUCACUGAUCCUGAUCUCUUUUUUGUUUGAUGGGAAUUGUUUUCUGGGAAAGUUUCUGCCCAUGAGAAAGUUAUCUUUCAAGGAUUCUCUGAAAGCGCUUGCAGCUGAUAUUCAGCACGCCAACACUCUGGCUUUAGACUUUCCGAGGGAGGAUAAUGGAGCGCGUCUUCAGAUGAGACUGUCUUACAGUCCAGCAGCUCAGUUUUUCCUUUUCCUUGUUCAGUGGACUGAUUGUCAGCUAGCCGGUGCCCUUGGUUUGCUUAGAGUACUUAUCUAUAUGACCUACGCUGAUGGCAAGACUACCAUGUCUGUUUAUGAGAGGAAAGCCACCAUUAGAGAAUUUUAUGGGGUAAUAUUUCCUUCUUUGCUGCAACUUCAUAAAGGGAUAACUGAUUUGGAAGAUAGGAAACAGAGAGACUUAUGUAAUAUCAGAUACAGAAGGAAAGAUAAGUUGGAAAGAGGGAAGCUUUCUGAAUUUGACAUUGAAAGAGAAGAGGAAUGUGGGAUUUGCAUGGAGGUUAACAGCAUGGUUGUAUUGCCUAAUUGCAGCCAUUCACUAUGUUUGAAGUGUUAUCAUGACUGGCGAGGACGGUCUCAGUCGUGCCCCUUCUGUCGAGAUAGUCUGAAAAGGGUCAACUCAUGCGACCUCUGGAUCUGUACAGAUAAGUGUGAUAUUGUUGAUCCAUCAACAAUUUCAAGAGAAAACUGUAAGAGGCUGUUCAUGUACAUCGAUAAAUUACCUGUUGUUGUCCCAGCCCAUAUUCUUGUUCCCUACGAUUCUCAUGUUAGGUGAGGGCGUGCAUACCGGUCUUGGUACUUGUCCAUAUUAUUAUGUACAUAAAACAUGGCUUAAUAUCUGCCAUACUACCAUUUUCAAAUGUAAAAUAGUUCCUUUGUCUCUGAUUUUGGCCUCAAAACAUAUUUUGUCUACAACAUUAGAUCAUCUGGUGAUAAUCAAAGUUUAGGGAAGCAUUGUUCCCAUGGAGGCUUAAUUUGCAGUGUUUGGUUGGUCUUUGUUCUUUUUUUUAACAAUAAGACAAUUUCCUUCUACUCUUCUAUUGAAAAAAAAAAAUACAAAUAA